UCGGGCCGGAGAGGCGCCCUCGGAUCCUGUGGAGGCGAACGGCGCCGGCCACUACCCGGCCAGCUUUCCCGCGACCCGCGCUCGACGGUGUCUGUGCCGGGAGAAGACUGGGGUGGGAGGCCGCUGCGGGAGAAAUGGCGGAGCGGGAGCUGCGGUCUGGCGGUUUCAGGCGGCAGGGUGCAUCUGUAGAGGAGAGACUUCAGAAAAAGGAAGAGCAGGAAAAUGGCCUGGAUUUCUGGAGGCCUGCUUUAAGGCUGGUUACUUCUACAAGAAAGGAAAGGAGGAAAAGACUGGAUCAGAUCUUUGGAGGACUGCUUCCUGUCUGCUGUAGGGCUUAAUACCACUGGAAGAAAGCAAGGAGGGGGAAAAUUGCACCACAUCGGUACAGGUCCACCUCCAGUGGUAGCUGUUGUGGUGUUGGAAUUGCUGCUAACCACCAUCGUCAACAGGUCUGCACCUAACCAGGGAAUCAUCUGUCCUCCCCUAGCUUGGUUGUGCCUCUUCUGCACUCUUCUAAUACUGGCUGCGGCUGGGCUUGGGAACGAGGCUGAUUGACUGCUGGACUGGUGAUUGACUCUAAUUCUUGUUUCCAAUAAUUAUAUCAUCUGAAUCACCGAAAGAUCAAAGUGCGAAGAUAGAAAACUGUGACAGAUCUAUGUAGAGGCUGUGACUCUGGUAGGGGUAUUUAACUCGGCCUUCUCUGUAACUUGUACCAUGGCUGGGGCUGAGAUUGAGACUGGCACCCAGGCCAAGACUGAAAAGAAGGCUGGAGAAGAGGCUGGGGAUGGGGCUGAAAGAGAAAAUGAAGUUCCAAUGGUGGUCAGACCCAAGGUUAGGACCCAGGCCCAGGUAAUGUCUGGGGCAAGGCCCAAAACUGACUCCAAGGCUAUGCCUAGUGCAAGGCCCAAAACUGAAGCCAAGGCUAUGCCUGGGGCGAGGCCCAAAAUUGAUUCCCAGGCAAUGGCUGGGGCAAGGCCAAAACCUGAUUCUCAUGCAGUGGCUGGGGCAAGGCCCAAAACCGAAUGCCAGUCAGUGGCUGGGGCAAGGCCUAAAACUGAGGCCAGGGCAGUAGGUGGGGCACGUCCUAAGAUUGAGGCCAAGGCAAUCCCUGGGGUAAGGCCCAAGGAUGAAGCCCAGGCUUGGGCCCAGAGUGAGUUUGGCACUGAGGCAAUGGGUCAAACAGAGGGUGUGUCCCAGACCAGUGUUGUAACCUGGCCACUGGUUAGUACUGAGUCUGGGUCAAUUGCUAAACCUAUGGCUCUGUCUGUGGAUAGGGAACUGGUCAGUGUGGAUACUGAGACCUUUCCUGGCUCCCAGGUUCAGACAGGAAUCCAACCUUGGUUUGGAUCAGGAGAGGAAAGUAAUAUGAGAUCUUGGUGCUAUCCCAGGCCCAGAGCCAGAGAGGAGGCCUCUAAUGAGUCUGGGUUCUGGUCAGCAGAUGAGACCUCUACAGUGUCAUCUUUCUGGGCUGGAGAAGAGACCAGUAUCAUCAGAUCAUGGCCACGGGAGGAGGCCAAUACCAGGUCCAGGCACAGGGCUAAACAUCAGCCUAACCCCAGGUCCAGGCCCAGAUCAAAGCAAGAUCCCUAUCUUGAUUCUUGGUCUGGGUCUGAGGAGGAGUCUGGCAACUCAUUCUGCCUGUGGACUGGAGGAAAUACCAAUAACUUGUUCAGACCCAGAGUCAGGGAUGAAGCAAAUAAUAAGUCCAAGCUCAGAACAAAGAGAGAGGACUUUUUUGAAUCUGAGUCUGAAGAUGAGUACUAUAAGGAGUUCUGGUUUUUACCUGGAGAAGAGGCAAAUAGUAGACUCAGGCCCAGAAACAAGGAAGAGCCUAAUAGUAUCUUGAAACCCAGGGCCCAGAAAGAUGUUAGUAAUGGUGAUAGGGUCAAACAAGAUCCCAGGUUUGAGGAGGAGGUCAUUAUUGGGUCCUGGUUCUGGGCAGAGAAAGAGGUCGGUAUGGAGGCUGGGGCUUCAGCUAUCUGUGAAUCCAGACCAGAGGCUGAGGAGGGUGCCAUUGGUGGAUCUUUGUACUGGACUGAAGAAAAGUCCAAUUUGGGGGCUGUGGCCAGAGAAGAGGCCAGACCAGAGUCUGAAGAAGAGGCCAUAUUUGGGUCUUGGUUCUGGGACAGGGAUGAGGCCUGCUUUGACCUAAAUCCCAAUCCUGUGUACAAGGCUGGUUCUAGGUUCAGAGAUUCAGAUGAGGAGGAACUUAAUCCAUCCAGGCCCCAAACCUGGGAAGAGGUUACUGUUGAAUUCAAACCCGGUCUUUGUCAUGGAGUUGGCUUCCCAUCCCCAAGCCCCUUUAGAAUUCCUGAAGAAGCAGUGUCUGUAUUCUCUGAAAUGUUUGAGGGAAAGCCCAAGAAUGUGGAGCUUUCCCCAGAAGGGGAAGAGCAGGAGUCUUUGCUUCAGUCCAAUCAGCCUGAGCCUGAUUUCCCAUUUCAGUAUGAUCCAUCCUACCGGUCAGUCAGGGAAAUUCGGGAGCAUCUUAAGGUCAGGGAGAGUGCAGAACCUGAGAGUUGGUCCUGCAGCUGCGUACAGUGUGAGCUUAAAAUUGGUUCUGAAGAGUUUGAAGAACUCCUUCUAUUAAUGGACAAAAUUCGAGAUCCUUUUAUUCAUGAAAUAUCUAAAAUUGCGAUGGGUAUGAGAAGUGCUUCUCAGUUUACCCGAGAUUUCAUUCGGGAUUCAGGUGUUGUCUCACUUAUUGAAACCUUGCUCAAUUAUCCUUCUUCUCGAGUUAGGACAAGUUUUUUGGAAAAUAUGAUUCACAUGGCUCCACCUUAUCCAAAUCUAAACAUGAUUGAGACGUUCAUAUGUCAAGUGUGUGAGGAAACCCUUGCUCAUAGUGUGGGUUCCCCUGAGCAGCUGCUUGGAUUAAGGAUGCUCAGACACCUCACUACAACUACUGACUAUCACACACUGGUUGCCAAUUUUAUGUCUGGGUUUCUCUCCUUAUUAGCCACAGGCAACGCAAGAACAAAAUUUCAUGUUCUGAAAAUGUUAUUGAAUUUGUCUGAAAAUCCUGUUGUGGCAAAAAAACUAUUCAGUGCCAAAGCUCUGUCGAUAUUUGUGGGUCUCUUUAACAUAGAAGAGACAAAUGAUAAUAUUCAAAUUGUUAUUAAAAUGUUUCAGAAUAUCAGUAAUAUUAUAAAAAAUGGAACAAUGUCCUUAAUUGACGACGAUUUCAGUCUUGAUCCACUUAUUUCUGCAUUCCAUGAAUUUGAGAAGUUAGCUAAGGAAAUACAAGUUCAGAUAGACAAUCAAAAUGAUCCUGACGUGGGACAACAAAGCUAAUACGAUUAACCACCUGCCUUUGAUCAGCCUUAUCUUCCCAAAGACCCCUGAGUAGUGCUUUGGUUUUCAGUCUGGUUUUAUGUUGUAACUUAUAUUCCAAUGCUGAUGUUAACUUUGUCCAGUUCUUAGUUUGAGCUGGGUCAUUUUGUGGAUGCCAUAUGAAUAUUAGAACUGAAAACACACUUGAUACUUGUCUUGCUGUCCAGAUUGCAGUAUUUUUCAGUAUUGCGUUUCAAAUUAACUGAGUCGCCGAUGUAAGCCACUCUGCUAUUCAUUGUUUAAACAUAAUGGUUCUCUAUUUGAGUCCGUGUUUUCAAUAAAGUUCUAUGUGAAAAUUGACAGAA